AUGGCGACGUCGAAAGAUUUUUUACUUAAAAUUACGAAGUUAAAUGGAGAAAAUUAUAGAGAUUGGGCAUUCAACAUGCGUCUCUAUCUUGAAAGUAUGGAUUUGUUUGGUCAUGCUGAUGGAUCUGUCGAGAAUCCAGCGGAAGAUGCGUCUGAACUGGUGAGGGAAGCAUUUAGGUCAGCCUCAAAGAAAGCCUGGACGUAUAUUUGCCUAGCAGUUGAACCUGAACAACAAAUUCAUGUGAGGGAUACGAGUACGGCCAAGGAAGCGUGGGAUGCACUGAAAAAUCAAUUUGCAAGAGUCUCCAUAUCGCAAGUAGUCAGAUUACGCCAGCAAUAUUAUUCAUGUCGGUUUAAAAGUGGUGAGAACAUGCUAGAUCAUAUCAAUCGUAUUAAAUCUCUUCAUGAUCAGUUGAGGGAGAUGGGUGUACAAUAUGAUGAUAAAGAAUUGGCGAUGACAUUGCUCGCAAGUUUGCCUGAAAACUACAACCCACUUAUUACUGCUUUGGAUGCAGUGGGAGAGGACAAACUGACCUUCGAGAAGGUAAAAGGAAUGUUGCUUAAUGAUGCUGACAGAGUCUCGGUUACAAAGAAAGAGGAUGCUUACAAUGUUCAUCGACCAUAUCACAGAAAAGGAUUCAAGCCGAAGGAAAACAAGAAUGAACAUGACAACCAAAGUUCGUUCAGAGGAACUUGCCAUUCCUGCAAAAAGAGAGGACACUAUGCUCGAGAUUGUCCACAACGCAAGAACAAUAAUUCUCCUAAUUUCAACAAAGGUAAAGGGUCAAUUAACUGUGCUGAGGGUGAGUCAUGUGACCAAAAAGAUGUUGAUGAAAUAGCUUUGAUUACAACUGGUAAUGAAAAUCAGAGUGGUUGGAUUAUUGAUUCUGGUGCGACCCAGCAUAUGACAUAUGAACGAGACAAUUUAUCUGAGUACAUAGAAUUCAAGCGACCGUGCAAGGUAAAUUUGGGAGAUGAUAGAGUUAUCUUAGCUUAUGGAAAAGGAACAUAUCGCUUAUCGACUGAUUUGAAUGGAUACAGUCAGAAAAUUGCUUUGAAAAAUGUGCUUUAUUUACCUGAGCUGAAAAGGAACUUGUUGUCAGUUCAAGCUAUGAGUAAAUUGGGAGCAACUGUUGUGUUCAAAGAAGAUGAAUGUAGAAUUUCUAAGGAUUCAAGACUGAUUGGAAUAGGAACAGUGCAUGAAAAGUUAUAUAUGCUCAAAGUUAUUCCAGAGGAAUAUGUCAAUGUUACAAAGAAGAAUAACCCAAAUAUGGAACUAUGGCAUUGUAGAUUUGGACAUUUAGGAAUGGACAAUAUUUCUAAAUUAAUCAAUGAGAAUAUGGUUGAAGGUAUGUCGAGUGCAAAGGAUGCUGAUAUGUCUGAUGUGUGUGAAGCGUGCGUCCAGGGAAAGCAACACCGUACGCCAUAUCCUAAGAAGAGUUCCACGAAACCUACUGAAUUGUUUGAAACAGUUCAUAGUGAUGUAUGCGGUCCAAUGAACGUAAAAUCAUUUGGGAAAUCGCAGUAUUUUGUUACUUUCAUUGAUGAGUAUUCGAGAUAUACGGAAGUGUAUUUUCUUAAGAGUAAAGAUGAAGUGUUGGAGAAGUUCAAGCAAUAUGUGAAUCAAGCAGAACAAUCGGGUAAACGGGUGAAGAAUCUUCGUUCAGACAAUGGUGGCGAGUACUGCUCGAAAGCAUUUGAUGAUUAUUUGAAAGCAAAGGGAAUAAUACAUCAAACAACUGUUCCACAUUGCCCUGAACAGAACGGCAUCGCAGAGAGAAUGAAUCGAACACUAGUUGAAGCUGCUCGUUCAAUGAUGUUUCAUGCCGGUAUGCCAAAAGAAUUUUGGGCAGAGGCAGUCCAUACAGCUGCAUAUGUCCACAACCGUAGUCCAACAAGUCCCCUGAAGGAAGUGACACCAUAUGAGAGAAUGAUUGGUCAGAAACCGGACGUAUCCAAUUUGAGAGUUUUUGGAUGCAUUGCUUUUAAGCACAUCCCUGAUGCUACGCGAAAGAAAUUGGAUAAGAAGUCUUCCAAGUGCGUGUUUGUAGGGUAUCCAGAAGGAACUAAAGGCUACAAACUAUACGACCUGGAGAAGAAAUCGUUUGUUCGAAGUCGUGAUAUCAUAUUUCAGGAGAGAACAUUUCAUGAUUUUAAAUCGAAAGAAAAUGUAGAAUUCUAUCACAAAAACGAAGGAGAUCUUGACGAUUCAGUAGUUGGUGCUAUUAUUAAUCCAAACGACCGUGGUGAAGAAAUUAUAUAUGAUGAUGAUGUGGAA